GCCUGCGGCUGCGCCUCUAAAGGCGCUGCGAGUCGAGUCGUGCGCUACUGUUUCCUGCUCUUCGCCGCCUCCGCGGGCUCACCGGUUUUCUCCAGACGCCUCCAGCAUGUCUCAGGCUGAGUUUGACAAAGCUGCGGAGGACGUUAAGCACCUGAAGACCAAGCCAGCAGAUGAUGAGAUGUUGUUCAUCUAUGGCCACUACAAACAAGUAACUGUGGGUGACGUAAACACAGAACGGCCUGGGCUGUUGGAUCUCAAAGGCAAGGCCAAGUGGGAUGCCUGGAAUCAGCUGAAAGGGACUUCCAAGGAAGACGCCAUGAAAGCUUACAUCAACAAAGUAGAAGAACUAAAGAAAAAAUACGGAAUAUAAUGGACCAGAUUCAGCUGCCAGCAUUUCAUCAAAACUGAUCUAAUGCCUUGUUUUUCUAAUACUGUGGAUCACAUGAAAUAAUGCAAAUAGCCUGUUAACCUCAGACCCAAAGACCAUGCAGGGCAUGGCUCCAACAGAAGUAGGGGCUGCCCUGGGUUCCUGACCUGCGCUGAGUAGUUUUUAUCCAUAGACCUAUUAAAAGUGCAUUUGUUACUUUAAA